CCUCCCGCACUCCCGCCAUGGCGGAGGAGGCGGCGGUGCGGGCACAGGCGGAGGCCGUGCGGAGGCUGAAGCAGGAUCAGGCCCAUCCCGACGAGAUCGCGAAGGAGGUGGCGAAGCUGCUGGAGAUGAAGGCUCAGCUGGGGGGAGAUGAAGGGAAACACAAAUUCGUGCUCAAGACCCCAAAGGGCACCAGGGACUACAGCCCCAAGCAGAUGGCCAUCCGUGAGAGGGUCUUCAACACAAUCAUCAACUGCUUCAAGAGCCACGGGGCAGAAGUCAUUGACACCCCAGUGUUUGAGCUGAAGGAGACACUGACUGGGAAAUAUGGUGAAGACUCGAAGCUGAUCUAUGAUCUGAAGGACCAAGGAGGGGAACUGCUGGCCCUGCGUACGACCUGACAGUAUCCUGCAUUGGCCAUGAACAAGAUCACCAACAUCAGCGCUAGCACCCACAUCGCCAAGGUCUACAGGAGGGACAACCCAGCCAUGACCAGGGGCCGCUACAGGGAGUUCUACCAGUGUGAUUUUGACAUCGCCGGGCAGUUCGAUCCGAUGAUUCCUGAUGCUGAGUGCUUGAAGAUCAUCCAUGAGAUCUUGAGCCACCUGCACCUCGGGGACUUCCUCCUCAAGGUCAAUGAUCGACGGAUCCUGGAUGGGAUGUUUGCAGUUUGUGGUGUCCCAGACAGCAAAUUCAGAACCAUCUGCUCCAGUGUGGACAAACUGGAUAAGAUGCCUUGGGAAGAGGUGAGGAGUGAGAUGGUGGGAGAGAAGGGGCUCUCUCCAGAGGCUGCAGAUGGCAUUGAGUACGUCCAGCUCCACGGAGGCUUGGACCUGAUCGAGAGGCUGCUGCAGGAACCCAAGCUGUCCCAGAACAAGGUGGCCAAGGAGGGGCUGGGGGACAUGAAGCUGCUGUUUGAGUACCUGACACUGUUUGGCAUCACGGGGCAGAUCUCUUUCGACCUGAGCCUGGCACGGGGUCUGGACUAUUACACGGGGGUGAUCUUUGAGGCUGUGCUGCUGCAGCAGGAGAACCACCCCGGGGAGGAAGCGCUGAGCGUGGGGAGCGUGGCCGGAGGCGGCCGCUACGACGGCUUGGUGGGAAUGUUUGAUCAAGGGAGGAAGGUGCCCUGCGUGGGGGUCAGCAUUGGCAUCGAGAGGAUCUUCUCCAUCCUGGAGCAGAGAGUGGAGGCCUCUGAGGAAAAGAUCAGGACCACAGAGACCCAGGUGCUGGUGGCUUCUGCCCAAAAGAAGCUCCUUGAAGAGAGGCUGAAGCUCAUUGCUGAGCUGUGGGAUGCUGGAAUCAAGGCCGAGGUGCUGUACAAGAAGAACCCCAAGCUGCUGAACCAGCUGAGUACUGUGAGGGAGACUGGCAUCCCUCUUGUUGCCAUUGUGGGCGAGCAGGAGCUCAAGGAUGGAGUCAUCAAGCGGAGGGGUGGUGGCAACGCAGGGAGGAGGUGA